AAAAUGCAUUUUGGCGUGGGAUUGCUCCGCAAGUAAACAGAUGGAGGAAAAAUACAUUAAAUUUACGUAGUACCAAUAUGGACAAAAUGGAUGCUGGUACUGUACCAUUUUUAUAUAAUUUUAGUUCGAGUAUUGUUCCUCGACCAUACGAUUGGAGCGAUUGGAUAUGUAUCACUGGGUAUUGGUUUUUGGAUAAUCCAGAAAUUGUAUAUAUUGGAUUCGGUUCAAUAGUUGUAGAAGAUCCAAAAGCUUUAACAAAAACAAUCGUUGAGGCCGUGGUAAAGAGUGGUGUUUCUGCUAUUUUAUCAAAAGGUUGGAGUGAUAGGUUACAUCAAGGAAAGACUGAUAAUAAUGAGGAAGAAGAAUAUCCUUCAUGUAUCUUGCCGGUGAAAUCUGUACCGCAUGAUUGGUUAUUUAAACAAAUCGAUGCUGUGGUGCAUCAUGGUGGUGCGGGAACUACUGCAGCAGGUUUACGGGCUGGAAAACCCACUAUUAUCAGACCAUUCUUUGGUGAUCAAUUCUUUUGGGGUGAUCGUAUAGAAAAUAUGGGAAUUGGAAUUCAUUUAAGAAAGUUAACUGCAGAUAAACUCUCCGAUGGCCUUAUCAAAGUCACAACGGAUGGACUUAUGAUUAAAAAAGCUGAAUUGGUAGGAAAUAAUAUAGAAAAAGAAGACGGUGUAUUGAAUGCAAUACAAUCAAUAUAUAGACAUAUGGAUCAUGCUAAGCAAAGAAUUAUUUCACAGCGGCAGCGAGCUGCCGCUACUGGUAGUCAACUAUUACCAUUCGGUAUUGAUGAUACAAUUGUGUUUGAUUUUAAAUUAGCUGCUGCGUUAAAAAAGAUUGUUGGAUUCCCUGUAAAUGAACAUUCAGGAGAUAGCGAGACAAAUUCACCGUUACCUAUUGAAGAUAAUUGA